AUGUCUCAGCAACCAUCCAUACCUUCGCAUUCAGCUUCUCGAAGUUUACCAUCCACAGAUACGAACAAUCGUAGACAACCAAUUGUCACGCCUCAACUCCCAUUCCACAAUGCAGGAUUGGGACAGGGUUUACCAAAAUUGCCAAGUGGUAACCUGAAUGAAUUUGGUUAUUCAGAUCGACCUCGAUCAAUAACGCCUGUCAAUUCAUCGGCGAACAGAAGACCUCUUCCUACCCAACCUCCACCUACCCAACCUCCAGCUUCUAAUCCGCCCCCAAACCCUCAUCCAGCUUACAGCACCCCUCCUACUGCCAAUCCAAGCUCAAAUACUGGAUCGAUAGGCUCUUCAGGAAGAAGGGCACUGCCUACACCUCCUUCACAACAAAGCAGCUCCCCAUCUCCGCUUCCUCCACCAAGACCGAUGGGUGGUAGAGCUCUCCCUUCUGUGCCAGGGCCAACAGCUAGAAAUAGAACAGCAUCAGGUCCUUCAUUUCCAGAAGACAACACACCACCUCCACCUCCGCCCCCUAGACCUUCGCAACUAUACGCUUCGUCCUCAUACAUUUCACCUCCUCCACUUCACCGACAAGCUACACAGUCGACGCCCCCUAUCUCACGCCAUCCGUCAGGGAAGGUGGAUCAAUUACGUGACGAAGAUCAAUAUGGAUCCAAAAGCCUUCGUUCUUCCAGCUCGAAUACCUCAUUGAGCCAAUAUCAAUCUCCACCUAGUCCAUCCCGCUUACCUUCAUAUACUCACUCCACUUUUCCUACCACAACGAGUUCGCUCACAUCCCCGAGCGUAUCCCGCAGCACCUCUCACUCCACCCCGAUGUCCAGCGUCGAUACUGGUCUCACCAGUAAAAACGGCGAUCAAGAUUCAUGGUUACCUAUAUUAGAACGAUUCGGUGAUUUGGGUACAGUAGAUGAAAGAAACAGUGGUGCAGGGUUUUUGCUCGCAGGUUCAAACGGAUUGGCUCCUCCUAAUAUCAUCAACGAAGCUUCAAGUGGACGUGGAACUCCCACUCAAAAUGACUGGUAUGCUGAACCUCCUAAUCUGCCUUACUUGGAUGGUAGCAGGACGAAUAGAAAUCGAGCUGAAAGUGGUGCUACAAUCGGACCAGGCGGUGAGGCGUAUCCAACAACACCAAAAGGAGAUGACAAGCGUUUUGAGCAACAAGGUGGUAUUCUCGGCGCACCUGUGAAACGAGAUCAAUCGGAUGAUGCAUCAGGAAACGUCUCUUUUCCUGUUCCGCAACCUCAAUCCAAUACUUCCGCUUUGCCAGCAGAUGAAGAAGGAACCUGGAGUAGCAAUGAGACGGUUCCGGCACCAAUUCGAAGAGAAGAAUCCACAAGGAGUGGAGUUACGAAUCAUAGUAUUACAGCAAGUGACUCCGAUGCUCAGUCAAUAUCAGCUUUAACUUCCAACUCUUCUCUACAGGACGGUACACCACAUAGACAAAGAUCCUUGAACUCGUCUCUACACCCUUCAAUCUCAUCUAGAAACACGAGGAUAUCAUUUGAGUUAUCUCCUUCGUGGCAAGAACAGACUCAACAGCCAGCCCAUUGGGUAGAAAGGAAAUUACAGAUUCAUCAGAGCCAUAGGAACGAGUUUGACGAAGAUGGUGGACCGAGUGAGGGGUAUGACGAAGAUGAAGAUUGGGAUGAAGAAGACGAAGAAGAAUUGGAUGUUAACGAGAUCAGGUUCUUCCAACCUGCGUUCGUCAGUGAGAUGGCUUUGCAACUUCGAGACAAGGUAGAAAGGGGUAGACAUAUCAAAGCGGGUAUAGCUUGGGUCGACAGCUUCACCGGGAAGGAUAUAGUUACAACAAUCCAGAGCUUGCUGCCGCCUCAUACCCGAGAUUCGCCAAACGAUCGCCGUUUUGCUCAUGCUACGGCUUUAUCACUUCAAAAUCAAUUGUGGUUCGUUGAAGUGGAUUGGGAUAUCAAACCCCUUCGUGAUGCCUCUGAUGACGUUUUCCGAUUUAUGGGCGAGAUGGAAGGUAUGGGUUCAGGUGGGGACGGAUUAACGACUGAAUUACCAAAAGGUCUCAUGUCAAUGGCAACAAGAUGUUACUCACCUUCUUGUUCAGGUGAUAAUAGAUGUUAUGCUCCUCGAUGUCCAUACAAAACGAAUCCAAAUAGCUUUCUGGAAAAGAUCGACACGACAGCUUUACCUACACCUGCAAGUGUCAAAUUUGGAGAUUGGAAAGAAGAUGUUGAUCCUAUAUUAUUACAUGAUCUUGAUUCAACACAAAUGGCAAGACAGAAUAUUAUACGUCAAGCAUAUUCAUCUGAAAUUGCAUAUGAAACAGAUUUAACAUCCAUGGAAAAGCUAUUUAUCGAAGGAAUAAGAAAUGCGAAUCCACCAAUCAUAAGAGAUGAGUAUAGAAGAGAACAAUUCAUUCAUGAAGUUUUCAAUAAUGCUUUGGAACUAAGAGAAGCUUGUAGAAGACUCAUCGAAGAAUUUUCAAUUAGAAUGAGAGAACAACCUAUCAUUUUCUUUGUGGGAGAUUUAUUCUUACAAGCAGCGACAGAAUUCAGAAAUAUAUAUCCUGAAUAUACGGGUAAAUUACCUCAAGCUGAAUUGGCUUUGACCAAAGAAAUGGAGGAAAAUCCUGAUUUUAGAUUGUUCGUGGAGCGAAUCAUAAGAGAAAAUGAUCGUAGAAGAGACAUCAAAUACCUAAUAACAAGACCUUCUACUCAAUUACAAAGAUAUCCGGCUGUGCUGGAAGGUAUUUUGAAUGCGACGGAUGAAGAAGAUCCAGAUAGAGAAUUCUUGUAUCAAGCUUUACAAUCUAUCCAAAACAUCUCGAGUUUAUCUCAGCUCAAAUUGUUCCAUGCUUCAAAAGGAAGAGGUCCAGCUGGAAAGUUACAAUGGUACGAUCUUGUUCCUGAAGAACAAAGAGCAGGAAUCGAAAAGAAGGAACAGAAGAGGCAAAUGCAAAUAUGGGAACUUAUUCAAGGUGAAAUGGAAUAUGUUGCAGAUCUAGAAACGGUCGAGACACUAUUCGUGAACGGACUUCGGUUGGCGGAUCCAGCAGUGAUAGAUCGAAACCGAUUAGACGUAUUCCUUGAUGAAGCGUUCCACAACUAUCGUUCAUUACUGGAAGUCCAUUCUAGAUUACUUGAAAAUCUUCAAUUUAGGCAAUUGGAACAACAUCCUCAUUUCGGAAUGAUAUCAGAUCUGAUAUUUGACGCCGCAUUGAAUUGGCAAGAAGCUUACAUGGAAUAUGUAACUCAUUAUCCUAUUGCUAAAGCUAAAGUGCAAGAAGAGGAACAUGGAAAUCCAAAGUUUGCAGCUUUCUUGCAAAGCUGCCUGAAAGAUCCUACUGCGAACAGACAGGAUAUAUAUCACUUUAUCAAUCGACCUAUCCCUCGUUUACUACGAUAUAACCUACUCUUAGCUGAUAUCCUAAAAUCACUAAAAGCCGUGGGACCACCCGAUCACCCUGAUAUAGAGCAGAUUCCAGGAGUAAUGGAAGUCAUAACCGAUUUAGGCAAAUCAACUCAGAAAGGUGUAGCUGUGAACGAAUCGAAAGUUGAAUUAUGGGGAUUCCAGCAUACUCUUGACGGAAGUAGAUUCGGUCCUAGAAUGGUCAAAGAUCUUGAUCUUGCCAAUCCCAUGCGAGAACUGAUCCACAAAGGAAGAGUGUUUAGACAACCUGAAGGUUCAAUCGGUGGUAGCUGGACUGAACUCAUUGUCCUUCUCUUUGACCAUUACCUGGUACUUGCCAAGCCCGAACGAGCAUCUCGAUCUUCGAGAAAAGAGACUCAUCGACAAGUGCGAUACAUCAUUAAUCGAAGGCCAAUCCCAUUGGAACUCCUAUCAUUGGGUAACUUCUCCGAUGCGUCAAGGCAACGAAACUCUGGCCGAUUAUUUGGUGUAGGAGGUGGUAAUUCCGAUGCCACCACAGAUGACCCAGUGAACUCAUCAAGUGACAGAGAUAACCGUACUGUCUAUCCGUUCAGUAUCUCUUUUAUUGGUCAAGGUCAACUAGGUGGAUCCUAUACUCUCUGGGCUGAUUCGUUCUCGGCUAGAGAAGAAUGGAAAGAGAAAUUGCAGCAUGCCAAGGUAUUGAGGUUGGAAGUGAACGAUGCUGGGAAGGUAUUUGAGAUGAUUCCGCUUAGUGAGAAUACUUUCUAUAUGGCACCCAAUUAUGCAGUUCCAAAAGACAAAGAGGACAAAUAUACUGGUCGUGUGACAUGUAGUUGUCCUUUCACAACUUCCGAUAAUCGUAAACUUGUUGCUAUAGGUUGUCAAGAUGGUGUUUGGAUAGGACUUCGUGGUGAUUCGCCAUCAUUGAGGAAAGUACUUCAUGUGAAGAAUGUCACCAAUGUUGCUGUCUUGGAAGAAUUUGGAAUGUUCCUUGUUUUGUCUGACAAGUCACUCUUCGCAUAUCAUAUUGAAGCGCUGGUUCCUUCAGCUGCGCAAAGGAAUCAAUACAAGACUGCUCCCGAGAGGAUCACCAUGCCACGAGAAGAGAUAUCGUUCUUCACAGUUGGCAGAUUGGAUGGCAGAACUCUGGUGGUUACAAUGAAGAAAGAAACUACCCAAUCAACAUUUAAAAUCCUUGAGCCCGUUCUAAAUAAGACUGCUGAAGAUCCAAGACAAAGAAGACCAUUUGGAUUCUUGGGUAAAGGUUCAGAUUGGUUCAGACCUUAUAAAAUGUUUUACCUUCCUGCAGAAGUGUACGGUCUACAUUUCCUGAAGCAUAAGAUGGCUAUUGUUUGUUCCAAAGGGUUUGAGAUAAUGGAUCUUACUGAUCUCAAAGGCGGAAGUAUACCUAUUUUCGAUCCUGCUAAAAUCCGGGAGAAACCUAUGCUCGCCGAGAUUCAGAGGAAAUGUGAGGCCGGAAAACCGUUGGGAAUGUUUAGAUCGACCGAGACUGAGUUCUUGCUUUGUUAUGAUUCCUUUGGUGUUUAUGUUAAUCGUCAUGGCGAGCCCAAUAGAGAUUGUCGAGCGAUUGAAUGGGAAGGUCGACCUGAUAGUAUCGCCUUCCAUCCACCUUAUCUCUUGCUCAUCUCAGCACCUUUCAUCGAGAUCAGACAUAUCGACACUGCCAAAUUACUACAGAUUUACACUGGAAGUGAUCUUCGACUUACAUGGGACGGCUCUGGUGGACAUAAACAUCAACCUGUCGAUAAUCCUGGCAAGAAUGGAUAUGGAGAUGAGACUAAAAUUCAAGAACCUCAGAUCCACAUUUGUCAAAGAGCUGCAGAUAUGAGAUCGUUGGGCAGGGGUUUACAGGGAGUUGGUCAGCAUGUAUUCGAGCUCAGUCCUACAUUACUACUCAAUAAUCCUCUUAUGAACCCUUUCAAUACUCAUGAUUCGAAUUACCUACCCCCGCCUCCUUUGACUAGCCAUGCUACUCCUCAAAUCAGGCAAGCUCGACCUGCAUCAAUUAUGACGACUGAUUCGACAGAUUAUCGUAAUGCUCCUUUCAAUCAAGCUGGUCUCCCGAACUUCAACGGCUAUCGUGAUUCAACUAUUCGAGAUAGCGAAUUUAGAGACAGCUUAUAUGGGAAUGGUACACCAAAUAAUGGAUAUAGGGAUAGUACAUAUAAUAAUGCCAAUCCCAACAUUAAUUACGGAUAUGGAAGUGGAACUCCUCUUCUGGGCGAUACUGGAUAUCCUCAAAAUAACGUAUAUCCCCAAAACGGAUACGGGACUCCAAACUAUCCUAAUACAACGAGAAAUGGAGGUGGAGGGAAUGAAGGUGGAUUCGUAAGAAGAGAAAGUGCAAAUAGUAAUACUACAAGUGGAUAUAGUGGCACAAGUGGGAAUUGGAGUGGUGCUGGCGGUCAUGAAAAUUAUGAUCAAUCUAGAUAA